CUUCCAUACUUUCUGACCUCUGUUCUCUUUGUAAACUAGCUACCCUUAUUAUCGAAAUUUAUGUGUUUUAAUCCCCAUUUCUACUUUCAACUCUGAACUCCACUUUUUAGAAAUGAAAUACUCGAGCCCUGAAAUUUCAUGGCAUAAUCGAGAUCCUGUUCUCAGUGUUGAUAUUCAGCGUUCUUCUACCAACUUUUACAGACUGGCCUCGGGCGGAACGGAUUCACAUGUUUUGAUUUGGCAUAUUGUUAUAGAAGAGAAUGGAAAUUCCAGAAUUGAGUUUGCCUCUGAUCUCUCCAGGCACCAAAAAGCUGUCAAUUGCGUCAGAUUUGCCCCCACAGAAGAAUACCUUGCCUCUGGAGAUGAUGAGGCAUCAAUCAUCCUCUGGAAACCCAAAACUGAAGCAGAUUUUCCAGAAGACAAUGAUGAAGGUUUCAAAGAACAGUGGCUUGUGUGGAAAGUUUUAAGAGGGCAUCUUGACGAUAUUUAUGAUUUGAGCUGGGCUCCCAAUUCCAAACAAUUGAUAUCCGGUUCUGUUGAUAACACAGCAGUUGUCUGGGAUGUAGAAAAAGGUCAAAAAAUCGCAAGUCUGGGAGAACAUAAAAGUUUUGUGCAGGGUGUUGCGUGGGAUCCCAAAAACAAAUUAGCAGCAACUUUAAGCAGCGAUAGGGUAAUGAGAGUCUAUAAUUUAGCAACGCGGCGCGUUGUGAAUCGUGCAUAUAAAUCAAAAUUAUCUGUCCCUGAAAAUCAUCCUAUGGAAGGUAACGUGCAACGAUUAUUCCACGAUGAUACAUUGAAAUCUUUCUUUAGGCGGCUAACUUUCUCACCAGAUGGUGAGCUUUUAAUCGCUCCUGCAGGGAUAUUAGAACCAGCCCAACAAGGAGAAAAGCGUGUAAAUACAACACUAGUAUUCACCAGGAAUAAUCUAAGCAGGCCUGUCUUAUAUUUUCCAACUUUUAACCAAUACACAGUAGCCGUACGCUGUUGUCCUGUUUUGUUCCAACUGAGAGACAUGAGCGGUGGAGCGCCUGUCUUUGCAUUACCGUACCGAAUAGUAAUUGCAGUGGCAACUCAGAAAAGUGUCCUUUUGUAUGAUACGCAACAUGCUUCACCAUUUGCGUUCAUUGCCAAUAUCCAUUUUACUAGGCUCACUGAUCUUACCUGGUCAUCUGAUGGCAAGAUUCUGGUCAUUUCCUCCACAGACGGAUAUUGCUCGAUCAUCACUUUUGCCGACAACGAGUUGGGAAUUCCUUUUGUCCAAGGAGAGGAUGAAUCAGGAGUGGAAAAGAAAAUGUCUGUAGCAUAAUUGUGUUCAUUACUUACCAUAAUUUCAUAACUGUGAUAAGAAUUUUUGAUAAUCAAUUUGACCAAGUCCAUGAUUAUGUGCUUUCUAUGAUUUGACAGCUCAAUAUCAAGUGUUGCCAAAAUGUUUUAAUUUUUUAUUCUUAUUGUAAAAAUUUGUAUGUAAUCGGGGAUCUCACUUGAGUUUUCACUUUUUAAAAUAGGAGUAUAAUAGCACUCAGAAAAUAAAUAUUCCUGCCUAGCCAUCAUUGAUUGCUUAUUUGGGUAUAAGUAUCAGAAAACUGUCCUAAAUGAAGUCUUCCACUGGGUAAUCAUGAAUUCAUUUGUCUUUUUAAUCUUCUCAAUAGAUAAAAACAACAAUUUUGACCUUUCUGACUGGCCUAGUCAUUAAUGCUAUCUAAUAUUAUUAUGCAUUGCCAUAUAGAUAACAUUCUGAAAAUCGGAUCUGUUGAUGAUUUUACUCUCAUGAAAAAUUGAGCUUUGUCAUCGCAAUAUAUAUUAACACGUAUUGUCACUUUUCUGAUGUAAGGGCGUAACUGAUCUUUGAGUAGAGCCCUAUUGUCCAUUUAAUACUGUAAUAGGGCGUAUACAAGCAAUGACAGUUGAUAAAUUUUGUAUUUAUGUAAAUUGAAAUUACCACGUAAAUUGAUGGGAGGCAUUUUUUAAUCGGAUUAAGAUACACACUUACAUUUAAUAAUGAUAGAGGUGAAAAUCCUAUUAGACACUUAAACACAAUUUAGAUGGAAAGUACCAUUAAGUGAUGUAUCUAUACAAUACUCUUACUUACAGAUAUUUUCUGAAAGUCCAGUGUCACCAAAGAACUACAAAAAAUGUUAAGAAUUCAAUAAAACUAUCCGGUUAAAAUCCUUCA